AUGACCACCUCCGUCCUGGACUUUAUGGGGGUGGAAAGUAAUGAUAGAGUGGCCUAUUCAACAUUCAUGUUUCGGGAAGAUGCACAAAUCUGGUGGGAAGUGGUGUCUCAGACCAGAGAUGUGAAGACCCUGAGCUGGGAAGAAUUCAGAGGACUAUUCAAUGAGAAAUACUAUAAUGAUGCAGUUAGAGCUACAAAGGCUAAUGGGUUCAGUAAUUUGUUGCACGGGACCAUGACUAUUAUAGAGUACGCCCUAAAGUUUGACAUGUUGGCCAAGUUAGCUGUAGACUUGGUGCCAACUGAUGUAGUUGAGAAGGCCCUUACUGCUGAGAACAAGAUUUGGUGUGAGAAUGUGGCCAGAAGAGACACUAGGUGGGUGGGACCUCCCUUUAUUGGAGCUAGUUGCGGAGGCUCUAGUGACCAAAAGAGGAAGAUCCUCGUUACCAUUAUAGUUCCAGGCCCAGAUAGGCGGACUUGGGGUGCACAGGUUGGCCGCCAAGGCAGCAAUGAGAGUUGGAGGACGUAUCCAGAAUGUGCCAGAUGCAGGAGACGUCAUCUCAGAGAGUGUCGGGCGAAGGCCUGCUUUUUAUGCGAUAUUGUUGAGCACCUCAAGAAAUAUUUCCCAGGAUCGAAGAAGGAAGAACUAAAGAAGGCUGACAACUUGGCUUUGGCUCGAGUGUUCGCAUUGACACAAUCAAAGGUUGAGGCUCGACCCUCAGUAGUGACAUGUCAACUUUCUAGUGUUGGCACUUCCUAUUCAGUUUUGAUUGAUUUUGGGGCUACAUAUUCCUUUGUAUCUAGUAGGGCAAUCGAUAGGUUGUGUAGGCCAUGGGAAUACGAUGUAGUGGGUUUUGGACCUUGUUUCCUAUAG